AGAAGCGGAGCGGCAGCCCCUGCAGGACGGGGGCCUGGCCGCGAUGGGAUCCGCCGCAGCCCCGGAGCGAGCGCUGGGCUACGUCCGCGAGUUCACUCGCCACUCCGCCGACGUGCUCGGCAACCUCAACGAGCUGCGCCUGCGCGGCAUCCUCACCGACGUCACGCUGCUGGUUGGCGGGCAACCCCUCCGAGCACACAAGGCGGUUCUCAUCGCCUGCAGUGGCUUCUUCUAUUCAAUCUUCCGGGGCCGUGCAGGAGUUGGGGUGGAUGUGCUCUCCCUGCCCGGGGGCCCCGAAGCCGGAGGCUUCGCUCCUCUCCUGGACUUUAUGUACACUUCGCGCCUACGCCUCUCUCCCGCCACCGCACCGGCCGUUCUUGCGGCCGCCACCUAUUUGCAGAUGGAUCAUGUGGUCCAGGCAUGCCACCGCUUCAUUCAGGCCAGCUAUGAACCUCUGGGCAUCUCCCUGCGGCCCCUGGAGGCAGAACCCCCCACGCCCCCAACGGCCCGGCCACCAGGCAGUCCCAGGUGCUCCGAAGGGCACCCAGACCCUCCUACUGAGUCUCGCAGCUGCAGCCAAGGCCUCCCCAGUCCAGGCAGCCCCGACCCCAAGGCCUGCAACUGGAAAAAAUACAAGUUCAUCGUGCUAAACUCUCAGGCCUCCCAAGCAGGGGGCCUGGUUGGGGAGAGGCGUUCUGGUCAACUUUGCCCCCAAGCGGGGCUCCCCAGUGGCGAUGAGGCCUCCAGCAGCAGCAGUGGCAGCGAAGAAGGACCCAUUCCCGGUCCCCAGAGCAGGCUCUCUCCAACUGCUGCCACCGUUCAGUUCAAAUGUGGGGCUCCAGCCAAUACCCCCCAUCUCACACCCCGGCCUCAAGAAGCCACUGCAUCAUCUCCCUCUGGGCGGGCUCGUCCACCACCAGGAAGUGAAUUUUUCAGCUGCCAAAACUGUGAAGCUGUGGCUGGGUGCUCAUCGGGGCCGGACCCCUUGGCUCCUGGGGAUGAGGACAAGCCCUACAAGUGUCAGCUCUGCCGGUCCGCCUUCCGCUACAAGGGCAACCUGGCCAGUCACCGCACGGUGCACACAGGGGAGAAGCCCUACCACUGCUCCAUCUGCGGAGCCCGCUUUAACCGGCCGGCUAACCUGAAAACGCACAGCCGCAUCCACUCGGGAGAGAAGCCCUACAAGUGUGAGACGUGCGGCUCCCGCUUUGUCCAGGUAGCACACCUGCGCGCGCACGUGCUGAUCCACACCGGGGAGAAGCCCUAUCCGUGCCCCACGUGCGGGACUCGCUUCCGUCACCUACAGACCCUCAAAAGCCACGUCCGCAUCCACACGGGGGAGAAGCCUUACCACUGCGACCCCUGUGGCCUGCAUUUCCGGCACAAGAGUCAACUGCGGCUGCAUCUGCGCCAGAAACACGGAGCUGCUACCAACACCAAAGUGCACUACCACAUUCUGGCGGGGCCCUAGCUGAGCCACGGCCCAGGCCCCAGUCACUUUCUGGAAGCCAGGAAAGCUGCCGGCCCGCACCUGGCUUCUCCGUCACAUUUGGGCAUGGAGGCGUGCAAGGCCCCUCCAUUCCCGGAAACUGCCACCACCUUCAUGUCUCACUGGGGAGAGCAGGGGUGGCAGGUCACGAUUCGAUCUGCCUCUGUUUUGCUGGUCAAAACCUCUUCCCCACAAUCAAUUGUUUCUGAGGAGAGAGCAAGCUUGGAACUGGGGAAGGAAAAGGCUGGAGGCCUGGUUUUCUUAAGGCAGUGGUCGGCAAACCGCGGCUCGCGAGUCACAUGCGGCUCUGUUGACUGAUGAGUUUGCCAAACACUGUCUUAAGGGAACAGUCCUCCACCUGCAGUCCCCAUCUCAUUCGGUUUCUCUGUAAAUAUAAGUUAUUGAGGCCUUUGGGUGGCACCCAGGCCUUCAUUCUAUUGCAUUUCCCAGCUCCCCCUUCCUAGUGCGAUCAGUGACCUGAAACACAGAAUGUGAGGUCACAGCUCUGCUGGCAGAGAUUAGCACGUGGCUUGAGUGUUUUAUGUUAUUGUUGCCACAACCUCUAACUUUAGAAUUGUUCUUUCUCCUAUUUGUUUGCUUGUUGGUUUGUUUAAAGUGGAGAAAGGGGUUCUCUGUGUCCUGCCCCUCCCUCCGAUUCUAGGUCUGGAACCUUUAUUUGUCCUGGGGCAGCUCUGGCAACAUGUGCGUUUGUGGAAUUGGGUCAGGAACCCUCUCUGGAUUCGGGAUAUUCUAGGUUCUCUAGCAGGCUAGAACUGGAUAGACGUUUCUCUGUUCUUCAAGGGUUAUGGGACCUUUAAGGUGAGCCUGAAAUGCAGGUAAUAACUGCCUGCUGAGGGCUGUGGGUGUGGGGCUUUGUCAGUCUUGGAACUGGGGGGAUGAUUGGAGAGGCUUUUUCUUAUACCCCUAACUGUCCCAUUCAUCUGCUCACCGAGGUUUGCCUCCGCUGCGUCUGUCAUGAUAGAGCUCACAACCCUCCCACUAGGGCCUGUUGUCAGCACUGAGUUCCGAAAUUCCUUAUUAGAGAUGGUGCCGCCUUUUCUGACUCUGCCCAGUCUCUAAGAAUGUUCUGACCUACGGGAGAGUUAUGAAACUCUUUAUCUUAACUAAACAUGUCAUGACCAGUCCUUUGAUGCCAAGGCAUCUGGGUUUGAAUGUCCCUUGGGGUUCUCGCUACCUGAGACAAACUCCUUCUUCCUUCAGUGGGUUUUUGGACAUGUUCUGGCAAAUGUCCAGAUUCCAGAAACUUCUUUGCCUCUAGAAGCCACAGGUGCUUGGUAGCUUUCUUACCUUAGAAAAGCUGGGUCUGUGACCUGGUCUUCCCGUCACUGUAUUCCUGUCCGGAACCAGUGAAUGCACUAGGACCUUCCACAGGGAGAGUGAAGGGGCUGAGUUCCAUGUGGGGUUUGAUAUAGAUUGGGAUUGGGAUUACUGUUGGGGUUAGAGGUUGAGAAGAUUUAAAAGAUUGAUUGACUGAUGGACCUUCUAGUGGACCAAGUAUCCAGGUAGAAUUAAGAGGCUGGUUGAGGGGUGCAGUUUCUGGUGUAGGCCAAGGAGGUAGAAAGUUAGGAAUGGGGUUUGCCUCUUAACUGGGCAGAAGGUCUGGAAUGUUAGAUGAUGCUCUGAAGCCUUGACUUCCAGUCCCACCCCUUUUGCCAUGGAGCCUAUUUGAUUAUGGGGCAUGGGGAAGAGGGGAAGAAGAACUUUGAAUGUGUGGGGUAGGGCUUCCUCAAGAUGGGUCAGUCCUGGUGGUUAUCAUUUGGAAACUGGUGAGGAAGCUUCUCUUGACCCUCUCACUCCCCACUGCAGACUUGCAGGAAGAGAGCAGAAGAGAGAUGCGAGGAGGAACCAUGAUUUUUAUUUAAUUUUAUUUUUUUAGCAGACUGGAUGGGCAGGUGGAGAGUGCGCACUCUAGGGGUGGAGAUGUUAGAUCUUGCAAGAUCAGAAUCAUGGAAUAAAGAAGCCUCUCACGUUGCCUGCUGUGUCCUGGGGUUCUGGCCUGGGGAGACUGGGGACUGCGGAAAGCUGGGGAAAGAGGGUUCUCCCCUCCUGGGUAUCAUCCUGCGAUUUUGUGCUCAUUCCACCAGGCAUUUCAAAUGGGCCACGUUCUCCCCUGCCCUGCCCUUGCCUCCUGGCUCACGCUGCAGGAACCAGUGACUUCAUGAAGUGCUCCGGAGCCACCUGCAUCCUGCUGCUCUGAAGUCACUUCCUGCCUGAAGUGUGGAGGCGGCGGGGAGAAACCAGGAAGCCACUAAUAAUGCCAAGGCACUGGGGAAUGCAUCUGUGCUGGGACACCCCUAGCACCA